CACCUCCAAUCAUCACCACCUAUCAGCAGCCCGCAUUCCCAACUCCCCAGCAUCCAGCCUCCCAGCAUCCAUCCCGAAACGUAAAUAAAAGCAGCCCGUCCCCCAAAAAAAAGAACAGAAAAACAUGGGUAGCAUCACCCCCGCCCCCUGUCCCUCCUCCUCCCUCCCCUACUGGCAAACCAACAUCCCCUCCACCGCACACACCGCGCACUGUCCGCCCUCCCUGCAAUCCCUCUCGCAAAAAGACAUCCACAUCCUGCUCACCCCGGACUCCGCCUCACCCACCCUCAGCUGGCCCGCCGUGCGCGCCCUCAUCCGCACCAACCGCCUCGAUCUCUUCCAGCGCCGCCCCUCCCACCUCCGCAAAUAUCUCGAAUACUGCUACGCCAUCAAACAGUCCCACGGCUCCAUGAUGCGCUUCAUCCUCGAUGAGAAAUUGCACUGGCGAGAGUCCGAUUUGUGUGCACGCCAUCCGCCCUUUAGUAACGAGGGGGAAUAUAAAAUUUUAUUGAAUGAUUGGCCCUAUGGCAUUGAUGAGAAAAUUGUACAUUUGGUCGUGUGGACGAAAUUCGCGCUGGAGGAUGAUCUCGAGACGGGGGAUACGAGGGAGGAUGCGAAGAGGGAUAUUCAGAUGUGGGUGGAUCGCGUGUUUGGGGAAGAGUGUGGGGGUGAGAAUGUCAUCUGGUUUAGAAAUUGGAGAAGCUUGAAAUCGAUACAUUCGGUAGAACAUUUCCACGUCAUGCUAUAUGAUCCGGCUCCCGAAUUUGUGAGGAAAGUGACGGGAAGUAUGUGAACAUUGAGAAGCAGUGAAGUUGCAGUAAAGUUAAACACUAAACGAAUAGAUUAAUCAUGGACGGAGUUGAGAAUAAUGGUUACGGCGUUUCUACACAGAAUGGUAUUUAAUAGAGUGGCUCGGGUGGGUUAUACAAUAAUUAGAUAAUAACCCUAAUGGUAAAUAGAUUAAUCAUAAACAACUACAAGAAAAUUGGUUGACUUAUAGUUAUGGAUACACAAAUAGCUA